AUGGCCCCCUCCCGUGCUGGCCAGCUGGGCAGCCGCGCGCCUCCUCCCCGCAAAAUCCAUGUUAUAUCAAGCGCACCACUCGGGCGCCCCCUUCCUCCCCUGCAGCUGUACUACGUGCUGGUGCUGGUGGGGGCCACGCUGGUGUUCUGGCGCGACAGCCCCGCGGGGCUCAUCGCCAUCUCCAUGAUGUGCGGCGGGGACGGCCUGGCGGACAUCGUGGGGCGGCGCCUGGGGGCCGGCAACAGGCUGCCCUGGAACCCCGCCAAGAGCUGGGCCGGCAGCGCGGCCAUGUUCCUGGGGGGAGGCGCCAUGGCCAUGGGCUUCAUCGCCCUGUUCUGUAGCCUGGGCUUCUUCCCCUUCUACCCUCCCGCCACCCUGGUGCCCAUCGUCAGCACGGUCUGCCUCGUGUGCACCCUCAUAGAGUCACUGCCCAUCAACGACUGGCUAGACGCAGCGGUCGGCGUGUCCAUGCUGCUGCUACCGCUGGCCGCGGCCGCGGCUGUGGGCAUCGCCGUGGACGUGGGGCAGGGCGUGGUGCCGCGCGUGCCCGUGCUGGCGCUCGCGCGCGCCCUGCCCCUGCGCUGA